AUGACUCUACUUGUGGCGGAAGGACAUUGUCGCCUUCACGUGCGGUGCUCUAGACUGCUAAGGUGGUGCACUACGAGCCUGUGCGUCAUUCUGGUGGUGCUCUUUGCUGCACGCACCUGGAACCGGAACGGCGUGUGGGCAUCCAGGGAGGCCUUGUUUGAAUCGGGCAUAAGGGACGUUCCAGAAAACGCAAAGAUGCAUUACAAUUACGCAAAUCUGCAGAAGGACACAGGCAACAUAGACGUGGCCGUUAAGCACUACAAGCUGGCGAUUGAAUUGUGGCCGGAUCACGCCAGCGCUCACAAUAACUUGGGCACUGUGUUGACGUCGGCUGAAGAAUCUGAGCAUCACUUUCGGUACGCCUUGCACGUCAACCCAAACCACGCAGGGGCUCAUUUCAACCUCGCCAAUAUAUACAGCAAGCAAGGCCAAAAGGAUGUCGCAAGGGCCCUGUUAGAGCGCGCAGUUGAGCUCGACCCCGAUUUCUGCGAAGCCUACUCAUCGCUUGCUGCCCUCGCGGCUGACAGAGGUGGCCUCGCCGAAGCUGAGAGGCUGCACCAGAUGGCGUUAGGCAGCGAUGGCCGAAAUGCCGACGCCCGGAACAACUACGGCACAUUUCUUCAGUCGCAUGGCCGUACCAAAGAGGCGAUGGUGCAGUACGAACAAGCUCUCAACAUCCAACAAAACCACACUGUGACACUCUUGAACGCAGCUAAGAGCCUUCCGAGCAUGAAUCUCAACAACCAGGCCGAGAAUCUCUACAAGAAGGCCCUCGCUGUUGAGCCGGAUCCACGGGUGAUGCACAACCUCGCUGUGUUUUACGUCAGUGCUGGCCGCCUGGAUGAAGCAAGGCAACUGUUUGAGAAUAUUGACAGGCGUUUCCCGGAGAACCGUGAAAGCAAGGUCCACUAUGUGAAUGGCGGACGCCAACGAGAACUUUGA